GAACCCGACUAUUGGCCGACGUGACUGAGAAACACAGGGAGUAACGUUACAUGAAGCCGACUGUUAACUUCAGGCUCUGUCCACCACGCAAAGUCGGUUUACGUUAGGUAACGAUGACUACCUCGGGGUCCUUGGAUCGAAUGGAACUCUGUGAAAGCCUCUUGACAUGGAUCCAGACGUUUGGAGUGGAGGCUCCAUGCAAGACGGUGGAAGACUUGACGAGCGGUAUCGUCAUGGCCCAAGCUCUGCAGAAAAUAGAUUUAGUGUAUUUCAAUGACGCUUGGAUUAGUAGAGUCAAACCAGAGGUUGGAGACAACUGGAGGUUGAAGAUCAGCAAUCUCAAGAAAGUUCUGAAAGGCGCCCUAGACUAUAACCAGGAGAUCCUCGGUCAGCACAUUGACGACUUCACACUACCCGACGUCAACCUUAUUGGGGAGCACUCUGACGCAGCAGAACUCGGGAGGAUGCUUCAACUUAUUCUGGGCUGUGCUGUCAACUGUGAACAGAAACAAGAAUACAUCCAGACCAUAAUGAUGAUGGAGGAGUCAGUGCAGCAUGUUGUCAUGACCGCCAUCCAAGAGCUGAUGAGUAAAGAGACUCCAGUGAUGGGAGGAAAUGACUCGUAUGUGGACCUAGACAGACAGCUGAAGAAGACGGCAGAGGAGCUGAACGAUGCUUUGUCUACCAAGGAGGAGAUUGCCCAGCGGUGUCGUGAGCUUGACAUGCAGGUGGCAGCCCUGCAAGAGGAGAAGAGCAGUUUACUCGCAGAAAACCAGGUCCUGAUGGAGAGACUUAACCAGUCUGACUCCAUAGAGGAUAUAAACAGCCCUGCAGGACGCAGACACCUGCAGCUGCAGACACAACUGGAGCAACUACAGGAAGAAACAUUCAGGUUGGAGGCAUCAAAAGAUGACUUCCGGAUCCGUUGUGAAGAGCUCGACAAAGAGCUUGUGGACUUAAAGUCACAGAAUGAAGAGCUUGCGUCUCUGGCUGAUGAAGCACAGUCUCUCAAGGACGAGAUGGAUGUCCUCAGGCAUUCGUCAGACAAAGUGUCAAAGCUGGAGGGCACAGUGGAACACUACAAGAAGAAACUGGAGGACAUGGGACUUCUCAGGAGACAGAAUAAGCUUUUGGAGGAGAAGAACACGGUGUUAAUGCAGAGCACCGUCAGUUUGGAAGAAGAGAUACGAAAGGCCAAUGCUACGAAGGGCCAGCUGGAGACGUACAAGAGACAGGUGGUUGAACUUCAGACCAGACUGUCAGAAGAGUCUAAAAAGGCCGACAAGAUGGAGUUUGAAUACAAACGCGUCAAAGAGAAAGUGGACUCUCUCCAAAAAGAAAAAGAUCGCAUGCGUACGGAGAGAGACUCUCUGAAGGAGACCAUUGAAGAGCUCCAUUGUGUCCAAGCCCAGGAGGGACAGCUCACAUCAGGCUUGUUCCCGAUGGCCAGCAACGACGGCUCUGACUCCCUGGCUGCUGAGAUCACCACACCAGAGAUUCGAGAACAUCUGAUUCGUCUUCAGCAUGAGAACAAGAUGCUGAAGCUGGCCCAGGAGGGAUCCGACAAUGAGAAGAUUGCACUGCUGCAGAGUCUGCUGGAGGAUGCCAACAGAAGGAAAAAUGAACUGGAGACCGAAAACAGGUUAAUCAAUCAGCGCCUGAUGGAGGAACAGGGUCAGGUGGAGGAGCUCCAUAAGAAUCUUCAAGAACAGGGUUCCAAAGCGGACGAUUCUUCCAUCCUGAAGAAGAAAUAUGAGGAGCACAUGGAGAAAUUACAAGAGUUGAACAAUGAGUUACUGAAGAAGAACGCCUUCAUCGACGAAAUGGAGCCCAAAUACAACACCAGCUCCCAACGAGUGGAGGAGCUGGAAGACGCCUUGAAGAAGAAGGAUGAAGACAUGAAGCAGAUGGAGGAGAGAUAUAAGAAAUACCUGGAAAAAGCCAAGAGUGUGAUCCGGACCCUAGACCCCAAGCAGAACCAGGGUUCAGGUCCAGAAGUCCAGGCCCUUAAGAACCAGCUGCAGGAGAAGGACCGGAUGUUGCACUCAUUGGAGAAAGAGAUGGACAAGACAAAAACCCAGAGAGAUUAUGAGGAGAAACUGAUCGUGUCUGCCUGGUACAAUAUGGGUAUGUCUCUGCAGAAGAAGGCGGCUGAAGACAGACUUGCCAACACCGGUUCUGGCCAGUCCUUCCUGGCCCGGCAGAGACAAGCCACCAGCACACGUCGCUCCUAUCCAGGCCACGUCCAGCCAGCUACCGCAAGGUAGAUGGCAGCAGGGCAGAAAAACAAUGCGACCAUACAAAUCCCCUGAACUUACACACAAUAGAUGUGCCUUUUUUUCUUUUUUUUUAGGCACGCUGUUUGCAUUCAUUUCUAAUGGACGUUCUUGUUUUCCUGCUUUCCGCCUAUUGAUUUUCUUUUUUUUUUCCUUCUUGAUCAGAUCCAUGAGGUAGAGAUGCCAGGCAAGGCUGCCCAAAAUCUCGCACCACUUUUUUUUUCCUUCUUUUUUUUCUCAGAAAGCAUAUUUUACCCUGCCUCCUGUGAUGCCAGGCUCCACCCCUUUAAACACCCCAGCAUAUUCCGUAGGGUCUGACUAAUCACCCCAAGCAUCCUCUCUUCCUCCCUCUCAACCACUGGCCUUCCUCAACCUGUGCUCUGUGGCACACCUUUGUCAGGCAGGUAAUGUUGACCCCAAGGCAGAGAAGAAUCAUUUCUGUAUCGAGGAGGCGCUCUUGCACGUUCAUGCCGUAGGCGGCAGCAAUUUUCAUUUACAUGUGUUUAACAUUUGAAUUCUGUUUUGCCGUGUCAUUAUAUUUGAUUUUUUUUUACUUUAGAUGCAAUAUUGAGUAACAAAUGCAUCGGAAGAUGUAUAGUCGCCUAAUCUCAUGUAAAUGUUCCUUUGGCUCGCUUUUGGUCUCAAUGAUCUCUAAUAGGAAUAAGCAGGUAACUGUCAGCUGGUAACGGUGCAGCAAUAAUUAUGAAUGGUAAUUUCCUCUGAGAAAAACUUAAAGUUGUAAUCCUCAGCGAGGUAGAUUGUGGUAAAUAAUUCUACAUAACUGCGUAGACUGGUUUUCAUUAUCUUUCUUAGCGUCAAGCAGACUGGGAAAUGCCUCAGUUCAGUUUGAGCUCCACCAGCAUGUAGCAGGUUGUCUCAGACACCACCUCACGUGCCAUAGCGUUACAUUUCAGAACAUGCACCUCCACUGCUGCACAGACAUGAAUGUGUUAAAGGAAUAGUCGUGAGAUAGUCUGGGAUCGGGACUUGGUUUGCAGACCCGUUCUGCUAAUGAGUCACCAAAGAGGAGGUGUUGAAACAGUGAAGGUUGUUCUGGGUCUUUUUGAACGGUACACGGUGCUUCCUGUGCCACUUUCAACAUGCAUCUUGAAUAGGUAUGUAUGCUUGUUGCAGCUGUUCCUGUCCUUUUCUUCAACGCAUUUCUUGUUCCACUCCGUUUACCUUGUCAUUGUUUUUAAGCCUCAUCCUGAACGAUCUCUUAUUAACACCAUAGAACCUUUUUUUUUCUUUUUUUAGACGCCAUGGAAGUGACCCUGUUCGUUUGCUCGUGUAUGUGUUUAGAUCAAGCCGUCUGACCGUUGUCUCUUUCUUUCCUCCCUCAACAGCAAUGUCACUGCAUGACUGGCACACCACUGAACUGGCCUCGAGUGGCCCGGCCUGUCUUUGGCCUACGCUGGCCCCGCCCCCUCCCCGGGCAGGGCUAGACUGAGGCACACGAUGCAUGAACUACCUGCCUGCCUGCCUGCUGUUUGCAUGACUUUGCAUUGUAACACCAGUAACAGCAUGAGCACUAACAACCCUCUGCAGCGUCAUGCAUCGUAACCCCCAGACCAGCUCAAGGAGGCCAGCAACUAAACUCCUUUGCCCGCCCUUCCAGCUCCGUGCUCCUCAUGUUCUCCUGCUCUUUGUUACCCUCUCCGUUCCCCUCCUCUCCUCCCUCCACUCACUCUUCAUGGACGUGACUGCUUGUGCUCCCACGCCACAUCCAAUCUGUUACACUUCAAUUCAUGUUACAAACACCCAGGACGGGGGCAGGAUAUAGCAGCGUUGUAUGUCAAUCAAGAAUAGGCCUUUUCUGCCAUGUGUAACUUGACAUUGUCUGGCUGCCUCAGGAUACCUCAAUGACAUAUUUCCACAUAUCUGUCUCGAUUUCCAUGGGAGAGAAAUAUUUGAGAGGUGUGGCCUGCAGAUCAGUCUCCAUAACAAAAAGCGCUCCCCUUUAAACUUCCAGGUGUGGUUCUGCCCAGCCUCUCCUCAACACGUUGCUCUUAGAAGUGGUUUUACCUCAAGUAUUAGUCCGUACAACAAGGAGAGCGUACAGGACGUUACUGUGAUGUUUGGACAGAUUGGAGCAUAGGAUGGCAAAAUAAGUGUUUUUUAAAAUGAAUAACAUGGUUACAGAUAUGCUUUCAUAUGGGAUAAAAGCCCUCAUUAAGGCGACUGACUACUUGUUUUCCAAUGGAAUUUAAUGUCCGCAUAGCAUCUAUUUCUCCAUUAAAAUCUUAAUUUAAUGCACAUGUAUACAGUGGUUGUAGUUGACAACUAUGUUGUCUGUUAUUUGUAAAAGUAGCAAAUAACCGGUCUAAUUGAGCCAAAAGCAAGAGGCUCUGCGGACGGUGCAUGUUGACACACGUUUUAUACAUUUUACCAUAAAACAUAAACGCUAAUUCAAUAGAAUACUUUUCGGACAAAAAUAAGCGAAUGAAACUGAACAUUAUUUCUUGCAUUCAAUUAGUUGGCUGGAAAGGGCUAACUAUUUGAAGAAAUGUAGAAGGGGAAAGCCCUGCAACGAUCAGAGUAUCCUGUUGACCACAGAUCGUUAUUCAAUCAAUUUCAUCAGUUCAUCAUCACUAAUGUGUUGACUGCUUACACAUUUUACAUAAUUUAUACAAGCCACAAAUUAUCAAUAAUAAGAAACCUAAAGUUGGUGUUGCUGCAAGACAUAAUGUACACUGUGUGUAGUUUUUAAUAAAUGUAUUUAAAUUAAAUUUUCAGAGCGUAUUAUAGGUAUGUUGACAAUUAGGGUAAAAAACAAACACCUGGAGCUAAGGAUAUAUGCAUAUUUCGUCAUAUGUGCAUACAUUUUUCAAAAAAGAGGGAUGGUUGAAUCCUCCAAUUUUAGGGCUGUUCUUUUUAUGACUAAAGACGGCAACGCAUACCACUCCCUUUUUAAAGACCACUUUUAUUGUGUUAUUUGAAAAAAGAAAAAAGAUGAGUUUUUAAAUCUCAUAUGCAUACAUGAAGUAGACUUAACGAGGGCUUUUCUUCUCUGUACUUUGACCUAUUUUACUCAUAAAUGUAUUGUGUAACCUUGGUUUAAUUCAUGCCGUGCAUUUUUAUCUUGAUGGCUUAUUUAUUCUUUUGGGCGCUUGUACAGCAGUAUUGUUACAUCUUUUUUUUUAUAUCAGUAGUAUUAUUAUAUCACCACUUGUACUGUUACAAUGGAGUUGAAGUUUCCAUACACCAUCGAGAUACUGUUACAACAAAAGGAGGAGAUCGAAAUGGUGUAGCGUUUGUCUCCAUCUCAUGAAAAUGACACAAGGUUAUUAUUAACUGUCAUCUGAGUAUCAGUGAAAAAUGGAGGAUAUUGUGCAAGGUCUCCAGUCUUUUCAGGAAGAGGAGUCUCUUAGAAAACGUGUCAUGUUUGAAUCGGAAUGUUUUCUCAUCAACAAAAGAAAGCAAAUUUUUACACUUUUAAUUCCCUGAAAGGUCGGUGACCCUAGAAAAUGACCUUUUGAGUGUUUCUAGCGACGUCAACAAAGACUGUGGGGGAAAGGCUCACGAGCUUUAGGCAUGCGUGGGUAACUGCAUUAACAAUAAAGUGAGCUCAGAUGGUUGAUUAACUAAUCUUGGAUCAAAUCAGAUUUUACAUUCGGGCGUCAAAUGUGCCUGAUGGGAGCGGUGACACAGUAUGUCGUUGCCGUAUGAAUUCAGUUGCAAAGCAAAGGCGUGAUGUUUUGUCUAGUUCGCUACUUGUUUCUGUCCAAUUCUGUGUUUUGGAAACCACUUGCCAUGAACAUCCAGCUGUAAGUUAUAUUACACAGAACUCUUUUAACCGUCCAUCCUCAUGAGUCAUUGGUUUGGUAAGAAAUCUGUAUAUAAUGGAACACAUCCACAUUGGGGUUGACCUGUUUAAAUUUUCAUUAUAAUACAUUUUCUGGUAUUUAAUAACCCCUAAGAGAAAGCAUAUGAUGUUCUCUUUUAUCCCCAUUCAAGUCAGCCACUGUAAUUUGUCGUUAUAUGUGUCUGUGUAUGUACUUAAUAUGACUGGCAAAUAAUGAGAUACUGGGAGCGGGGAGAAUAUCGCAGUAAUAUAACCUGAGAAAACCAGCUAGUUUGUGACAUUUCUUAUUAAUGCCAAUUUCUUCUCAAUAAAGAAAGGGAAGGUGACAUCUUGAUUUACUGUUUAAUGCUAUGAUCCCAAAUCAUUUCCUAAUUUUCAUUUUUGGGAACAAUAAGGAAGAUCGCAGUAUUGAAAAUGCGGUCAUAAUGUGGCGUAUAAAGCUUGUGCUCCCUGACUGACAGCUGCACCAUCAAAAGUGUUUCAGAGAGAUGAGACCGACGCGUGCAAUGUUUGCUGUAUUUUUUUUUUACUCAUUGGAAAACGUUUCUUUACAUAUUGAAGUAGCAAAUAACCUUCCAUUUGCCAAGUUUUAUAUUGCUUGUAUACAAACACACAAUGUACAUACUAAAUGUGGCCGUGCUAGAGGAGGUCUCUGGCUAUUUGAGAACAUGAAACUUAUGUCAAGUUAGAUGGAUUUCAUUUAGCAUCGGUCCGAUCGGGACCUGUUGAGGGGAAAUGUGCUUCCUUCGCUUCAAAACUUGGAACUCACUAUGUAAAUAAAGCUUGUAUAAAACAG